AUGAUGAGGAACGUCAAUAAUAGCGUUGAGACUGUUAACGCCGCCGCUACCGCCAUCGUCACCGCCGAGUCCCGAGUACAGCCGUCGUCUGUCCAGAAGAGAAGGUGGGGAAGCUGUUUGAGCUUAUACUCGUGCUUUGGAUCUCAAAAGAACAACAAACGGAUUGGGAAUGCUGUGCUUGGUCCUGAACCGGUUGCAUCUGGAGUUCCGGUGGUUACAAUUCAAAACUCAGCCACUUCAACUUCGAUUGUUCUUCCUUUUAUAGCUCCUCCUUCAUCUCCAGCUUCAUUUCUGCAAUCGGAUCCUUCAUCCGUGUCUCAUUCGCCUGUUGGUCAACUUUCUCUCGCCGACAAUACAUUCUCCCCUAAGGAACCUCAAUCUGUCUUUGCCAUUGGACCAUAUGCUAAUGAAACUCAACCCGUCACUCCUCCAGUAUUCUCUGCCUUUAUAACCGAACCAUCCACUGCGCCAUACACUCCACCCCCGGAAUCAUCAGUCCACAUAACUACACCUUCUUCCCCUGAAGUGCCCUUUGCUCAGUUGCUUACAUCUUCGUUGGAGCUAACUCGAAGGAGCAGCAGCGGGAUGAACCAAAAGUUCUCGUCGUCACACUAUGAGUUUCGGUCUAAUCAGGUGUGUCCGGGGAGUCCUGGUGGUGGUAAUCUGAUCUCCCCUGGGUCAGUGAUUUCAAACUCUGGUACAUCUUCUCCCUACCCAGGUAAAUGCCCCAUGGUUGAGUUUCGAAUAGGUGAACCUCCAAAGUUCCUGGGUUUUGAGCACUUCACAGCCCGUAAAUGGGGUUCGAGGUUUGGUUCUGGAUCGAUCACGCCUGUUGGGCAUGGUUCAGGGGUUGGUUCAGGGGCUCUGACACCAAAUGGUCCAGGGAUGAUAUCUGGAAGCCUAACACCCAACAACACGACAUGGCCUCUAAAGAAUCAGAUAUCUGAGGUCGCGUCUCUGACCAAUUCGGAUCAUGGGUCUGAAGUCAUUGUUGCGGAUCACAGAGUCUCUUUUGAGUUAACAGGUGAAGACGUCGCACGUUGUCUUGCAAGCAAGCUAAAUCGAUCACAUGACAGAAUGAACAACAAUGACCGGAUUGAGACAGAGGAGAGUUCAUCAAUAGACAGAAGCAGAAACAGAGUGGUCGAGAAAGGGUCAGGAGAUAGAGAAACCGAACAACAGAGAAUUCAUAAGCUUAGUUCCUCUUCGAUCGGAUCCAGCAAAGAAUUCAAAUUCGACAACACAAAAGAAGAGAAUAUCGAGAAGGUCACAGGAAACAGCUGGAGUUUCUUCCCCGGAUUACGAUCUGGACUCAGCUAA